CAAGUGCCUCUGGAACAUCCUCUUUAAUGACGUAAUCACAGUGCGCGUUGCUGCUCUUUCUAUCUUUCAACACGGGUUAGCUAGAUUUCACUCAACAGCUUAAGUAAAGAUGCCUCUGCCACCGGCACUGUUGGCUCGACUUGCCAAAAGAGGGAUUCUAAAACACUCAGAUCAAGAUGCGGAUGAGGAGAUCAUUGCUGAGGACUACGAUGACAACAAUGUUGAUUAUGAAGCCACGGCGCGUGAGAAGUUACCUCCCAACUGGUACAAAGUAUUUGACCCUAUCUGUGGACUGCCAUACUACUGGAAUGUUGAAUCUGACCUGGUUGCAUGGCUGUCCCCAACCGACCCCACAUCAGUAAUCACUAAAUCUGCAAAGAAGUUGAGGGGUAAGAAUCCUGGCAUCCAGCACAGAAUACUUCUGCAUGUUUGUUGUUUUCACACAGAUUCAAUAUUUAAGAAAUUAAUUAAUCCUGACAAUCCCACUAACCUCAAAAUAUCUGAAUCUGUCUUUCUUGCAGAAGGUGGAGAGGACCGAGAAAGACAAUUUGAGAAGCCAGACAGAGAGAGGGAACGAGAGAGGGACAGAGAUCGGGAAAUGGAGAGGGAAAGGGAUAGGGAAAGAUUGAGGGAUGAAGGUAGGGAUCGAGACAGACGUAUGCAGAGGAGAGAAGAUGCAGCACCCUAUAACAAGAACAAACGAGGAAGAAAGGAUGAGGAGAUGGACCCAAUGGACCCCAGUGCCUAUUCCGAUGCUCCCAAGGGCACGUGGUCCACUGGCUUGCCAAAGCGCAACGAGGCGAAGACGGGGGCAGACACCACGGCAGCAGGUCCUUUGUUCCAGCAGCGACCAUACCCCAGCCCCGGCGCUGUACUCAGGGCCAACGCGGCCAAUAAAAAGCCCCCCAGUGACGACGAUGAUGAAAAAGAUUGAUCAUAGGGCUUCACAAUGAGGAGAAACUGACAGAGCCGUGAGCUACUUGUGUGCUACGUUUGGUGAACUUUACUAUGGAUACUUAAGUUACCAUUCUGUUGUCAAUCCAUAUACACGUAGAAUGUAAGACUCCUAAGCGGUGUACUGUCAAACAGGAUCAAUGAGUCAACCAUUUAAGUGUGAAACGGACAUGGUCAGUCUGACGCGAUAACCAAAAACAUAUCUCCAUUUAACUUUCUUAAUAAACACAAUGAAAGAGGAA